GUGACGUCAGUACGUCGCGCUCACUUCGCCGCAUGGCCAAAGUUUACCGUCCGGACGCGACUAUUGAACGGCGAUUUAAAUAGCGACCGUAAAUAAUAUUGAUUGUUAGGUUAGAUUAACCGCUCUUUACGAUGUGCGAAAUAUUCGCUAUCGUUGUCCCGCCGAGAAAUAAACGUCUAAUAGAAUAAUGACAAUAAUAAUAAUGAAUUCUGUUCCAUUAUAAUAACGUUAUGAUUAUUGUGCGUUUGGGCCAAGACGACGCUGCCACAUUGUUUCGCGCUCAAAAUUAUUAUGUUCUAUGGUAUCUACUUCACGCGUUAAAGUCUCAACUACCUAACACUUUACUUUUUGUCGCCGUUUGUCGUUUGAAGACGCCGAGGCACCGUCCGGAAAGCGCCGUAUCGCGAUUGCAAGCUGAUUAUUAUUUAUAUAAUAUUAUUUUCAAACCAGAUCAAAAAUGUCGAGGACUACAGUUUAUGAUAGAUCCAUCAAACAUUUUGGAAGUUACGCAAAUGAUUCUAAACAUACAAUAUCAAGUUUAAGAGCUCAGAUAAUAACUAAAGAUAAUGUGAUUGCAUCAAUACCAACUCAACACAAAGUCAAGGCUGAAAAGUCUUAUAAAUGCGAUAUUUGUAAAGAACAUUUUUUACAAAGAAGGCGCUUAAUAUCUCACAUUAAGCAUCAUAUGAGAGAGAAAAAAUUUGAAUGUAGUACUUGUCAUAACCGGUUUUUAUCUGCAGGACACUUAAGAGUUCAUAUUAGGAUUCAUACUGGGGAAAAACCAUUCAAAUGCAAUAUUUGCAGUAAAUCAUUUUCAAGGAUGGGUAAUUUAAAAAUGCACAGUAACAUGCAUACGGGAGAAAAACAAUUUAAAUGUGAUUUCUGUGAUAUAACGAUGCUACAUGAAGGAACCUUGAAACGUCACUAUAAGACUCAUAGUGGAUAUAGACCAUAUAAAUGCAAUUUUUGUAGUAAAUCAUUUUCAAGGGUGGAUAAUUUAAAAACUCACAUUAACCUUCAUACGGGAGAAUUUAAAUAUAAAUGUGAUAUUUGUGAUAAAUGUUUUCUAGACGAAAGGCUCUUAAAACGUCACAAUAUGACUCACACUGGAGUUAAACCACAUAAAUGCAAUUUUUGUGAUUCCUCAUUUUCAAGGAUAGAUACUUUAAAGCUUCAUGUGAAGAGGAUUCAUCCAGGAGAAAAUUAAUUUUAAAUUUAAAAUUCAAAUAAAUGGCUUCUACUGAAGGAUACUUAAAACAUCUAAUGACAUUAGAACUCAUACUGGAGAACAGUCAUUCAAAUUCAACAUUUGUAUACAUGUUUUUCUAAUGCAUAUCAUUAAGUGGACACCAAAUUAUUCAUAACGUUAAUAAAACAAUUUAAUUGGGAUACCGGUGAAAAACAUUUUAAAACAGGAAACUCAUUCAAAAAGUUUAGUGAAAAAUCAUAAAAAUUAUUUUAUAGUUUGUUAAAUUAGAGAUAAAGUAGAAAGAAAUUUGGGAGUUCCACCUUUCUUCCAUAAGAAUAUUAUAUUGUUUUGAAUGUAUGUUAUAUUAUGUAUUAAGUUGUACAUUAUAGGUAUAUUUCACAGUGUUCAUUUUAUUAUAUUAGAGUUUAAAAAAUAGCAUAGUUAAUUAACUUGAAGAAUAAUGCUAAGAAAUGUUAU